UAAAGCCGUAGCUCCCCAACGCGCCGCCGCCAUUUUAACUUCCUGCAUCACAAGAAGACGAGCAAUUCGCACAGUAUUUGUACUCGAAACGUUUUCUCUUAUUCAGUGUAUCAAAAGGGGUCCGUCUCGUUUGUUGUUUCCUCACACCUAUCGCUCAAACCACAUCUGUUUAGUUUCUGACAGAUUGUAUCGGUUAGUAUUCAGCCGGAGAGUCGCGAUGCCGAGCCACCCGCUGCGUGUAGCGGUGGUGUGCUCGAGCAACCAGAACCGCAGUAUGGAAGCGCACAGUAUCCUCAGCAAACGUGGAUUUGAUGUGCGUUCAUUUGGGACAGGGUCUCAUGUGAAGUUACCCGGUCCUGCCCCGGAUAAACCAAAUGUGUAUGACUUCAAAACGACAUAUAUACAGAUGUACAACGACUUGGUCCGCAAGGACAAGGAACUAUACACACAGAACGGCAUCCUACACAUGCUGGACCGCAACAAGCGCAUCAAAUCAAAGCCGGAGCGCUUUCAAAACUGCAAGGACAAUUUUGAUCUGGUCAUCACCUGCGAAGAGAGAGUCUAUGACCAAGUGCUGGAGGAUCUGAAUUCAAGAGAACAGGAGACUCUACAGCCUGUGCACGUCAUCAAUGUAGACAUUCAGGAUAACCACGAGGAAGCCACGCUGGGCGCCUUCCUCAUCUGUGAGCUGUGUCAAUGUAUCCAGCACACUGACGACAUGGAGGAUGAAAUGGAUGAGCUGAUACAGGAGUUUGAGGAGAAGAGCAACAGGCCUUUUCUUCACACUGUCUGUUUCUACUGAUACACAAUAGAAAUUUGCAAUAAACACAGACCCGGAUCACAAGCAAUCAAACAGUAGUAUAUGGAGACACACACACACACACACACACGCACUUCUUACUCCUCGGUCAUCUACAAAACCGUACAUACACAUUGUGUGCCUACACAGCCAAAUUACACACACAGCUUUGGGUCAGGACCUAACAAAUGGCUGCUGUUGGACAUAUUGGCGAUGAUGAGUUUUUUCCUCUAUGCAGAGGACGGACUCGCUGCUCUCACUCUGCCUUUAUUUCUCCGGAUCAAGGUCAGGCCAAGGUCCUCCCUCCAUCCCAGUUCAGUGAAAUCACUCAACCAUGUCUCCUCAGGGAGAGCCAUAACACCCCCACCCCUGAUGCAACAACUGCUUUACCAGUCACUCUGUUUUUGUUCAGUACAGCAUAUUAAUGCUGAUUGGAGUUUUCUCCAGAUAUAUUAUUGUAUUUCAUUUGAGCAUAUAUGUCAAAUUUUUAUUCCUAACUUGGGACAGUGUAAAUGGGGUUUCUUUGGGUAGGCAGGAGAAUUAAUUGAACUGAAUGAGUGUUUUUUGUUUUUUUUGUGCAACCAUGUGUUGUAGAUUAGUUUGAAUUAAGUUAAAGUGGAUGGGCUAAUAAUGAAUAACCAAACCUAGACCUCUCUGAGGCUCUCCGCCUGUGUGUUUCCAAUAUAUUGUGUUGAUUCAUAUUUAAACUCGGAUAUGCUGUCUUUCAGGGCAUAGUACUUAUUAUUUUUUUCUCUUUUGUAAAUGUUAAAGAAUUCAAGCAUUGUAAUUAUUUGCAAAAUGCGAGCUCUGCUCAGAGUGCCUGAUUUUUCUGUAUGUACAUAUGAAUCCUCUAAAGAAAGAAACAUC